AUGUCCCACUGUGGUCCUUCCAACUCUGAAUCCAUUUUGGUUGGUUCUCAGGUGACUAUCAAGUACAGCAACUCAAACUCCCACCUCCACGCUGGAAACCCUGCAACUACAGUCAUUACAACUUAUUGCCCAACCAACGUAGUGAACGAGGAUAUCAUUGAAGGACACUAUGACAAUUUAAGAAGAGCAAUUGACUCCGUACCAGCACACAAUGUUCUUCUUGUGGUUGGAGACUUCAAUGCCAGAAUUGGACCUGAGGAUGCUAAAUACACUUACCAUGAAACAACCAACAGAAAUGGAAAGUACUUAGUGGACAUGGCAGUUGAAAAGAACCUAGUUAUAGCAAGUGGUCAGUACUGUAAGAAGAAAGGGAAAUUGUGGACCUAUAUUAGCCCAGGUGGAAGUAAAUGCCAACUGGAUUAUAUACUAAUAAGGAAAAAGUGGAGGAACAGCUUGAAUAAUGUCGAGGCGUAUAGUACUUUUGCCAGUGUAGGAUCCGACCAUAGAAUAGUAUCUGCAAGAGUCCGUUUGAGCCUUCGAAAGAGCAAAACCUUGGCAAAAGGAAAACAGCACGAUUGGAAACUUCUCAGCACUGACAACCACCUUCAGAAGCUAUACAGCAUUGAAGUCCGCAACAGGUUCCAGCCCCUAGAGAAGGAGGAAGAAUCGGCUACCGAGAGGUAUGAGCGAUUCAUAACAGCACAUAAGGAGGCUACUGAGAAAGUUAUCCCAGUGAAAAAGAAGACAAGAAAGUUGCAUUUUCCCAACGAUACACGUGUAAUCAGUGCUAGAAAUAAGAUCAAUAAAGCCUACAUGGAGUACCAGAAAGAUACAACUGAUGAAAAUCGGCAGAUCUACAAGCAAGCCAAGCACAACCUUGAGGAAGCAUACAAUGUAGUUAUAGAAGAAGAUCUUGAUAGUAAACUAAAAGAUGUGGAGAGAGCGCAUGCCAACAGUAAACAUGGGCAGAGCUGGAGACUCAUAAGUGACAUAACCGGAAGGAAAGCAUCCCCGAAAGGGCAGUUAAAAGGAGACACACAGAAAGACAGGGUCAUAAACUGGUUCAACCACUUCAAGAAUCUUCUCGGAAGCCCUCCUGAUAUAGAUGAUGAGGAUGAAGAAAUUCUGCCUAUACUAGAGAGUCUGAACAUCAAGACAGGGCCAUUUGAUCUUAAAGAAUAUUCAAAGGCAAUAAAGUCACUAGUAGAAGGGAAGAGCUUUGGGGAAGAUGGCAUACCACCAGAGGUUCUAAAAAGAUGUGACCUGGAUGAAAUAAUUCUGAGUUUCUGCAACAACGCACUGAUCAAUGAAGAAAAGCCCCACCAAUGGUCCAUACUGAACAUUGUACCAAUACCAAAGUCUGGAGACCUGAGCCAAGGAGGAAACUAUCGAGGAAUCAACCUGUAA